AUGAUUACGGUAUCAUACCGUACUACUGCAGACUGGCGCGAUCACAAAACUUUGAAAAAACAGUUUCCAUUUUCUUUUGAUUCCGGUUUUUUAGAAAGUACUUCACCACAACCAACUGGAUUGCUCCUACCAGCCGAAGGUAAAGCGCUUUUGAUGUGCAAAGUAUGCGGUGAUAAGGCUAGUGGAUAUCACUAUGGAGUAACUUCUUGUGAAGGUUGCAAGGGAUUUUUUCGAAGAAGUAUCCAGAAACGAAUGGAAUAUCGUUGCUUGAGAGAUGGGGAUUGCUCGAUAUUCAAGCAGAAUAGGAAUCGGUGUCAAGCUUGUAGAUUCAAGAAAUGUGUCGUUGUUGGAAUGUCAAGAGAGUGUGAGUUUCACGAACCGCCAACAAUAAUAUCAAAGGUCUAA